CUCACUCCGUCGGCGAGAGAGCCGAGUCAGUGCUCGGAUUCCAGCAGCGCGCAAUCACGGGACAGGAUUGUAACCAUUAAUGGAUUUGAUCAUAGCUCAUUGAUUACAAUCAUAACCGUUAUUGGACACGAUUGUAGCCGUAAUUUGAUAUGAUUGUGACUGUGGUUGGACGUGAGUAUAAUGAACGUGUGGCUUAUUUUAAUUGCAUUCACCGCAUCUCGAACGCAUGCGUUUAUUGUCUGUCUGUUGAACUUAUUUCGUGCCUUGCGUAGCUCACCGUGAUAAUCGGAGGUGCGGAGGAAGGGCAACGAUCACAGAUCGUGGAACACUCUCUCUCUCUCUCUCCUGGUCGCGAAUACGCAGGCCACGCGUCUUGGAAGGACACGUGUGUCCCUCUUCGUCGUUUCGAUCAUUACAAACAAGUUCGUGGUCGAAUAACGGAUACACCCUUUUCCUUUUCCCCCCCAACAGAAAGUUGAAUUCGAUUCGCGUCACUUCCCUGGAUCGCUCGCUCGCUCGCUCUCUCCAUCGUUCGUAAGACCGCACAAGACCCCGCCGGCCUUGAUCGAACCCGGCCCUGUGGACUCCUCGCGGCCGGGAAACGGGGCGCGCAAUGCGUGCGAGGCUGUGCGUCUUUUCGCUUCUCCUCGCUCUGCUGCUAGCCUAUUCCAUGGGCCUCGCGGUGCUCCUCAUGUGGACUCAGGGUGCGUUCUCUCCAUCGCGUCGCUGGGCGAACAGAGACGCGGCGGCUGCGGCUGCGGUGGCCGGCGCCGCGUUCCUGCUCGACCCGUGCGAGGACGCGAAUCCGCGGCGUUCGAACGCCACGGCCGCGUGGUACCGAACUCAGCAGCGACUCGCCCGGGGGUGGUCGCCCUCUGCGUCGUCGUCAUCAUCAUCAUCACCACCACUAGCGGUAGCAGCAGCAGAAGCACCAGCAGGAACAGCUUUACACCCGAUGCCACCGCCACCAUCACCACGAGCACCGGCAGAAGCUGCAGCGCCGCGUGCACGCCGCCACGUGUACAUCCACACCACGUGGAGGUCUGGCUCCUCGUUCGUGGGGGAGCUCCUGAACCAGCACCCGGCCGUCUUCUACAUGUUCGAGCCGCUGUGGCACCUGUGGAGGGCCUUCCCUGACCGCGGGGCCCUCGAGCUCCAGCCCAAGGCCGUAGAGUUGCUCCGUGACCUCUUCCAGUGCCGCCUCUCUCGGGCGCUCUCGCCGCUCAUCCGCGGUCGCGACGACGCGCGGCUCCUCUUCGGAUGGCAGCGUAACAAGGUCAUGUGCUCGCAAGCGCUCUGCCCCAUGCCCACCACCACCGGCACCACCACCAACACCACCAGCAGCGACAGCGGCGGCAGCAGCAGCAGGCACGGGGCUGUGCCCAGGAGCGGCGGCGCGGCGUGCGGACGCCGCUGCCCCCGCGUGUCGCUGCGCCAACUGGAGGAGCAGUGCCGCCGCUUCGGCGUCGUGGCCGUCAAGGACGUGCGCCUGCUGGAGCUGCACGCGCUGAGGCCGCUGCUGCUGCAGGAGCAGGACGAGGGGGGCGAGGAGGAGGAGGGACAGGAGGGUCGUGGCGGCGCGCUGGACGUGCGCGUGGUGCACCUCCUGCGGGAUCCGCGCGCCGUCGCCGCCUCGCGCCAGCGCGUGCGGCGCGCGCUCGCCCGGGACAGCGCGCAGCUGGCGCGCUCACUGCUCCCCCCACGGCGCUACAACGCCACCGCCAGCAGCAGCAGCACCAGCAGCAGCACCGUAGCCGCUGCCCCUGGUGGUGGUGGUGCUGGGGUUGGUGCAGGAGCUGCCGGUGCUGCUGAUCUAUUUGCUGCUGCUGCUCUUGGUGCUGCUGAUGCGAACUUUGCUGGUGCUGGCGCUGCUGGUGCAGAUCAUUUCGCUGGUGUUGACGGUGACGUUGCUGAUACCCGUGCUGCUGCUGGUGGUGGUGGUAACCGCCACUAUGCGCGACCUGCACAGCAGCAGCGGAAUGUCCCAUACCAGAAUCCACCACCACCACCACCACCACUUUCUCGCGUGGACUUUACGGGGAAUCUCAUGGAGGUGCUGUGCAGGAGCUCUGCUCAGGGAGUGCAACAGGGAAUCCUGGAGCCCUGGCUACGGCACAGGUACCUGCUGCUGCGCUACGAAGACUUCCUGACGCACCCCGAGCGCUCCCUCUCCUCCCUCUACACCUUCGCCGGCCUCCCUCCCAGCCCCGACGCCUCGGCGCUGCUCAACGCGCUGGUGGAGGCGCCCUCCCCGAAGGGCGACGGCACCCAGGUUCGACUCCCGUCCCGAGCGCGGCCCCGUCCCGCGUUCGCCGUGAGCCCCAGGGACGCCAACGUGAGUCUGAGCGGCUGGAGGAGGACGCUGAGCGCCGAGAGGGUGCGCGUCGUCCAGGCGCUGUGUCGUGAGGUCAUGAGCGUCGCGGGAUACCCGCUCAGCUGUCCGGCGUCCCGGGGCAACUUCCUCUGGAUCUGAACA